AUUUCUAAUUAUUAAGUAUUCAAAAUUACUGUAACCUGAGUUCCUUUAGGCUAAGUCUGUGUUAUAGUCAUCUUUCUAUUUCUAGUGCAGAUUGGAAGAUUGGGGGAUAAUUGUGUCAACAUAUAGAGUUUAUGUAUUAAAUCUAUGCGAUUUUCCUAAAACCUGGAGUUAGGAUAAUGACCUUUCUAGUGGUACAUAUUAAACAUUAAAUAUAUAGACUACAACAAUUGUUCAGUCAGGCAAACGAUUAUAGUUAUUGUAGCUGGAUAGACCCAAGGUGCACAGGCUGCAGUUUCCUAGUGCGGACUCUGGGCGCCGCUGUUGGCCAGAGUGGAGACCUUGGCUCAGGCGAUUGCUUCGCGCAGCCGCAAUGCACUUUCCCGAGCUGACACCCGCUAGAGCGAGCCUUUACACCGCUUUCUCCUGUGGAUAAGAACAAACCCAGAUCCCCACGUAGGAACUAAAGCCUGUUCGGAGCUCCGGACAUCUGCAACACAGAGAUUAUUUGUCAUCCGGCGCCUCCAGGCCGGUGAGCGAGCCGAGGGGAGCAGGAGGGAUGGGGAGCGGCGCUGGGGACAGGGGCUGGGCUGAGAGGCGGCCAGUGCUGUUUCCCUUCCUGCUGUCUUUGUUCUGCCCGGCGCUCUCUGAGCAGAUCCGCUACAGAAUUCCCGAGGAACUGCCUGAGGGGUCGGUGGUGGGGAACCUCGCCAAGGACCUGGGACUCGGUGUCCGGGAGUUACCGACACGAAAACUGCGCGUCAGUUCGGAGAAGCCUUACUUCACUGUGAGCGCAGAGAGCGGGGAGUUACUUGUGAGCAGUAGGGUGGACCGGGAGCAGAUAUGCGGGAAGAAGCCAGUCUGUGCUCUGGAAUUUGAGGCUGUUGCUGAACGGCCAUUGAACUUUUAUCACGUGAAUGUGGAAAUCGAGGAUAUUAAUGACCACACGCCAAAAUUCAUGCAAAGUUCCUUUGAGCUGCAAAUAAGUGAGUCCACAAAGCCCGAGGCACGAUUUAUCUUAGGAUCUGCCCAUGAUGCAGAUAUUGGGACCAACUCACUACAGAAUUACCAGCUCAGUCCCAAUGAUCAUUUCUUACUCGUGAAUAAAGAGAAAUUAGAUGGCAGUAGAUACCCUGAGCUAGUACUGAAGAUGCCUUUAGACCGGGAAGAGCAGAACUCCUACCACUUGACCUUGACUGCCUUGGACUGCGGGGAUCCACCCCUAAGCAGCACUGCACAGAUACAGGUUCUAGUGACUGAUGCCAAUGAUAACCCUCCAGUGUUCAGCCAAGAGCUAUACAGGGUGGGCCUUCUGGAAAACGUGUCCCCAGGCACCACUGUGCUUCGAGUGAUGGCCACCGACCAGGAUGAGGGUGUCAACGCCGAGAUCACCUUCUCUUUCACUGAAGCAAGCCAGAUCACCCAGUUUGACCUGAAUUCUACUACCGGGGAAAUUACUAUUCGAAAUACAUUAGAUUUUGAGGGAAUCAAAGAAUAUUCCAUAGUUUUGGAAGCAAGGGAUGGUGGAGGAAUGAUUGCUCAAUGUACCGUGGAAAUAGAAGUCCUAGAUGUAAAUGACAAUGUCCCAGAAGUGAUAUUCCAAUCUCUACCAGAACUUAUUAUGGAGGACACCAACAUAGGAACAUACAUUGCUUUACUCAAAAUCCGUGACAAGGAUUCCGGACACAACGGAGAAGUUAUUUGUAAAUUAGAAGGUGAUGUUCCAUUUAAAUUACUCACUUCCUCAAAAAACACGUAUAAAUUAGUGACAGAUGGAGUUCUAGACCGCGAGCAGACCCCUGAGUACAAUGUCACUAUCACAGCCACCGACAGGGGCAAGCCGCCCCUCUCCUCCAGCUCAAGCAUCACCCUGCACAUUGGCGAUGUGAACGACAACGCCCCGGUUUUCCAACAGUCAACCUACCUGGUCCACGUGUCUGAGAACAACCUGCCUGGUGUCUCCAUAGCGCAGGUCAGCGCUUCCGAUCCCGACCUGGGACCCAGCGGCCGCGUCUCCUACUCCAUCGUGGCCAGCGACCUGGAGCCGCGCGCGCUGUCGUCCUACGUGUCCGUGAGCGCGCACAGCGGGGUGGUGUUCGCGCAGCGCGCCUUCGACCACGAGCAGCUGCGCGCCUUCGAGCUGACGCUGCAGGCCCGCGACCAGGGCUCGCCCGCGCUCAGCGCCAACGUGAGCCUGCGCGUGUUGGUGGGCGACCGCAACGACAACGCGCCCAGGGUGCUGUACCCGCUGGGGCCCGACGGCUCGGCGCUCUUCGACACGGUGCCGCGCGCCGCGCAGCCCGGCUACCUGGUCACCAAGGUGGUGGCGGUGGACGCGGACUCGGGACACAACGCCUGGCUGUCCUACCACGUGCUGCAGGCCAGCGAGCCCGGACUGUUCAGCCUGGGGCUGCGCACGGGCGAGGUGCGCACGGCGCGAGCUUUGGGCGACAGGGACGCGGCCCGCCAGCGCCUGUUGGUCGCUGUGCGCGAUGGGGGACAGCCGCCCCUGUCGGCCACCGCCACGCUGCUCCUGGUCUUCGCUGACAGCCUACAAGAGGCGCUGCCAGAUCUCAGCGACCAUCCCACACCCACUGACCCCCAGGCUGAGCUGCAGUUUUACCUGGUUGUGGCCUUGGCCUUGAUCUCAGUGCUUUUCCUCCUCGCGGUGAUUCUGGCGGUGGCUCUGCGCCUGAGACGCUCCUCCAGCCCCGCCACCUGGGGCUGCUUUCAGCCUGGUCUUUGUGUCAAGUCUGGACCCGCGCUUCCCCCCAACUACAGUGAAGGGACUUUACCCUAUUCCUACAACCUGUGCGUUGCCCAUACUGGAAAGACAGAAUUUAAUUUUCUAAAAUGUAACGAGCAGUUGAGUUCAGGGCAAGACAUACUUUGCGGCGAUUCAUCUGGGGCCUUAUUUCCACUUUGUAAUUCCAAUGAAUCGACUUUCCAUCAGGUGAGUUUCCUUUAAAUAUAACUUGCUUCUUGUGGUCUACCCAGUUCUCCAUACUCACAGGAAAACAUACAAUGUUCAGAUUUUAAAGUUGUCUUAUGCAAUUUGUAGCCAGUCAAAAAGCCGUCAUAUUAUUCUUCAGGGAGGGUUGUUGGAGUAGGAGCAAUUCGGUGUCUUUUAGGAUGUCUUACCAGGCUCAGAUUUACAAAGCAGUGAGAGUGUGAUUUUGUCUACAAAGGGAAACAUUAAAGACGCUAUAAGCUCUGUCAUAAAAGCUAAUGAGAUUUUCCCCUAAAUUUUUCUUCCUAUCACUUAAUUGAUGAUGGGGUGUUUUUUUUUUAGCUUGGAUAUAAUGUAAAUUUAAAUGUAGGCAGUCAUUUAAAUAAACCUUUAAAGCAAAAAAAUUUAAGCUAAAGUUAGAUAUUUUUCUUAACUGAUUUAACUGUUAUGAAUUCUAUAAUUGAUGUUUUGCCUCUACUAUUUUCUUCCCUUUGUUUCAAAAUCACCUAGAAUAAUAUAUCUUAACCUGGAUUUUUAUGUAGAUAAACCUAUUGUAAUUGUACGCAAUGUACUAUGUGUGUGUGUUGUGUGUAAAAUCCUUUGACUUGGCAGUAGGUCCAUAAUGCUCAUCAGAAGACAAAAGCAUGUUCUCCCUACUUGCACGAUAGGUUUUGUGGGAUUAAUCUGUAUUGAAAGUCAUUCUGUCGGUUCUUCCAUCAAAGAAAAGACAGUGCUUUGAACUAUCUUUUUUUAAGCCUUUAACAUAGCUAGAUGUCUUCUGGACAUUCUACUAUCUCUAGGAGAAAAAUAGAGUUGAAUUCUUAAAUUUUAGAUAAAAUUGCUAAUCUGAUGUACAUACAAGUAUAUAUACAAGAUGAUAAUACAAUGUUUCAGCCUUUUGCUAGAUUUCCCUUAGGAACUGUUUCAGUUAUUGGCCACUUUACAAACUGCUGGAAAAAAAAGAGACAUCUUUUUGUAUUGGUGCUUUUUGACUCCUUGGUGAUAAUUAUGUGUUCCUUACUU